GUGACGACAGCGUCCGUCACCAACGUUGUCUGCGCACCCGCAACGCUCUUCGUAAUUCACAUGUUACGCCUUGAAAGGCGCCGAACCUUGUCUGCCUGAUAUGCGGCGCUCGUCUCUCUCCACAUGUUUUUCGUGGUACUGCCACUCCCCCUUCUUUUUCUCUGAAUAAUUGUCGUUUCAUAUGUCGCUUCAGGCCCAAAUUGGGCCCAUGGCCGCGUCGCCUUCUGUCGGUUCAACGCGUAAAGAAACAAAAGGUGUGAUCAUCGACUGCAGCCACACCCGAUAUCACGUCGUGCGUGCCGCUGCGCGAAUGAUAGGGUGGGUGGUCAGCGACGUUGACACGGAAGCCGCGGUGCCCUUGUCGUUCUAUGAUGUUCCCCUGAAUUCCGACCCGGGUGAUGUCGCUUCACACCCUCCGCAGGUGAUCUGGACGGAUAAAAGCGUGCUAAGCGCACGUGUUGCCGGGCUGGAAUGCUAUCAGCGGCUGAAUCAUUUUGCAUCCAUGAACGCUCUCGCUCGCAAGGCGAUGCUGUUCUCCCGCCUCAUGCAACUGUGCCGUCUUGCACUAAAAUCGGAGUUUGCCACGCAGGACGGCCAUUCCUUUUCCGCUAGGUUUCCGCUCUACCGUUACUUCGUGCACUCGAUCCCACCGAGUUUUUCCAGCAUCGGUGACCUGGGCCGUCUGGAGGCCUAUCAACGGCAGCUCUCCUCCGCACCUGAGGGUGAACGCCGGCCUUUCUUUAUCAUUAAGCCCAACACUGGAUGCGAGGGCAAAGGCAUCCGGCUGUCCACCUCUCCCCUCUCCGACCUCACGGAGGCAGAGCAGCGAGACAGAAAGCAUGAAUGCAUCGUUCAGCUCUACAUUGACCGACCGCUGCUCAUGGACGGCAAGAAGUUCGACCUUCGAUUGUACGUGCUGUUGGUGUCGGUGACGCCUGCGCAGCAACCACGCAAGCCAAUUCGGCGCGAGCAAGUCUCUGGCGGUCUGCGUGCGGAAUCCAGCGCAGCAACGACGGCGGCGGUCACGCCAAGUUUCACGGAGGUGCCGCCGGGCGUGGAAGGGGUACGGCUGUACGUACACCGCGAAGGCCUGGUGCGUAUCUGCGCCGAGCCGUACGCCACGCCGACAGAAGCGAACUGCACGAAUGCGCUGAAGCACUUAACCAACUAUGCAGUCAACAGAAAAUCGGAUCUGUUUACGCCUGCCGGCAUGCCGGCAGGAGACAUGGAAGGAGCACGUGCGAGGAGUGCCGUCGAAGACGCCGCAGCGAGCAACAAACGAAGUCUUGCGGCGCUGUCGGCGUACAUCGACGGCCUUCACACUUCUGGUGGGUGGGCUCGUGUGCAGCGUCGCAUUGACGAGUGCAUCACCUUGACAGUUCUCUCCGGCGUGGAGGCGCUGCGUCGUGAGCUGAUUAGCGCGGGUGGUGCCCGUGGCGAGCGCGCUGACGGCAGAGGCUGCUUUGAGCUUCUCGGCUUUGAUGUGAUGUUGCGCGAGGCUGCGCUGGAGCCGGUGCUGAUGGAGGUAAAUCACUCUCCUUCGCUGUUCUGCGACACGGCUUUUGAUUUUGCGGUGAAGAGUGCGGUGCUGCGUGACACGUUCCGCGUGCUCGAAGCACACUUGCCUCCGUGGGAGGCACACGAGGGCAAUAGAAGAGCGUACGCCUCGUACACCUGCCAGGAGAGCAGCAGCGCAAGCGAGAUGGAUAAGGCGGAGGAGGCGCUGCUGCACGGAGCGGAGGUGCCGUGUGGGUUUCGACGCCUCCUGCCGCACUACGGGAAUAGCAGCGGCGAUUCUACGGAUGAUCCGUGUGACUGGCAACAGGAAGAACGUGCGGCGCAGGAGUGCAUGGUGGCGAUGUCCAGGCGGCUGAGAUGA